AUGUCUUGGGAAAUCCAAGAUCGGCAUCUUUGGAUUGGAUUCGGUAUCUUUCUGUUUGUCGCUGUCAAGGGAGUCGAGAGAUGCCUCCAAACUACCAUACAACUAAGCGAGAUAUAUGAUCCUCAGCAUGCAAAGGCUGCUAAUGGCACCCAAGCAGAAGAUUCUAUAAGUCUCGAAGCUUUGUCAACCUUGGUCACCUCACCAAAUCAGGAAAUUUCUAAUGCCGCAACCUCUCUGCUCCUCUCCCGCUUCACCCAGGACCACAAAGCAACUUCUCACCUAACCGAAGACCUCUUUUCUCCCAAACCCAGCGUCCGAACUAGUGCAAAACGUAUCCUCGACCUCUUCGACACCUCGGCCAUCGACCUCUACCCCCUCAACGACAACACCGUUGCCUCUAUCCACGACAAAUCCGACCCAACUUAUCAAACAAUGUGUCGAGCAUACUUCAAAGCCGUGCGAAAAUACCGUCAAGGUAGAUUGCCAUGUCUAGUCGACAUUGCAGAUGCAGUCGAAGAGUCCACGAGGAUUGUGCAUCACAGAAGUCGACGGGGAGGGCACAGCCAUCCACAAUCGCAUUUUGUGUUUCCCCAGCAGCAUGGAGGUACUGCUGAGGCGAGAUUUCAACCAGUCUCGCAAAGAGUGGAGUCCUUGGUGGAUAUGUUGGCCGAACAGGCGGUAGCGACCCGGCCGAUGCGGAGGUCUGUUGCUCUGGGGGAAAGCAGCGGUGAUACUUCUCCCUUAGUGCAUGAGUCGCCAGCGGCUUUGGAUGAGCUUCGUGGUGAUGCUGAUGAUGCUGGAGUUUCUCAUGCUGCUGGUAGAGCCAGGUUUCAAGCAUCUUCCAACCACGAGGCGGAAGUGAGGAGACACAGGAGAGAAGCUAUGGUUUUGCAUGAAGGUGGUGGUGUUAUUGGAAGCCAGGAUAUCAUCCAUCCUCGCACAGACGGCCACUCUUAG